UACGCGAUGAUGUAAGCAGCGUCGAACGUUCCAGGACUGUACCAUAUUCCGAAAAGCACUGUGUAUUUAUUACCGCGUCAGUUUAGCCCUCUAUCAGCACCAUGUUGUUUCACGUCGGCUUACUUUCCAAAGAAAACAAAUAAGUUGGCGACGAAAGGUGGAUAAGGCUGACUGGGAGGUUAAACAACACGGUUUAUAGACCUGUGUAUUCAUCUGUGGGGAAUCAUCAGUAUCUGUUGCGCCCAAUCCAGACAGCACCGAAAUAAUUUCGAAUGUUUCAGGCUUUACACAAAAGCAAACCAGACAGUAACAUGGGAACAAGGUAGAAAUGUCGUAUCUAAGCAGUUUCAAAUCCAUCACCGUCUAGUACUUCGGGCGCGCACUAAGAAAAGAAUGAGAAACUAAAAAUUUAUCAUCAAAUCUUUGAGGAUGCAAGUACAGGAUGACAGCAUGGACGGGCAGCAAUAGACAUGGCGUAUCAAGUGUCGGCGUGCUGCGGCCUUCAGCCAGGUCUAGGCCGUGAGUAGCGACCAGUCAGGAGCGAUCGUUUUAUCUGCAGAACAAACUUCCCGUGCACCAAAGUCUUUCACAUCUGCUAAGGUCGAUUCCAGUCAGAAACCCGCUGACUAGCAUGUUGUAUUAACGCAUUGGAGGUAGCCACAGCAAGCCCAAGAACCUUGUCUGCAGCCCCGGGAGAUUACCUCUUAGAAAAUUUCAUUAGAGCAGACGACAAGUGCAUUUCCUGUUUCUGACGGCAGUCGGGUAAUCACCAGUGAUGCCUGGUACAUGACAACAUACCACACAGCGGAUGGUCAGUACUGAAUACCCUUACUUUAUUGCUGGUGGCGUCACACGUUCUAAUACCAUGUGCUAUAGAGAGUGAGAGAGGGGAAGGAAUUCUAAAGAAAGAAGAAAAUAACAAAAGCAAAGAUAAAAACGAGCCCGCAAGAAAAUGAUUGCACAAUGCCUGUGCCACGGCAAGUGAUUUGAGUUUCAUUUGGCUGAGAGACAAGAGGCUCCGGCCAGGAUUACCAAAACAAAGGUUAAGGGUGAAGGUCGUCGCGUCAUAGAAACACGUCAUGAAUGACGCGGACAACCGAGUGAUUCUGAAUGUCGGCGGGAUUCGACAUGAAACCUACAAGGCGACUCUGAAGAAAAUUCCAGCUACUCGUCUGUCGAGAUUGACCGAGGCCUUGGCGAACUAUGACCCUGUGCUUAACGAAUACUUUUUUGACCGGCACCCCGGGGUAUUCGCUCAAAUCCUCAAUUACUACCGCACAGGGAAACUCCACUACCCAACAGAUGUGUGUGGACCUCUGUUCGAAGAGGAGCUUGAAUUCUGGGGAUUAGACUCCAACCAGGUGGAGCCAUGUUGUUGGAUGACAUACACCCAGUUCCGAGAUACACAAGAGGUGCUGCAGAUUUUAGACCGCCUCGAUCUGGACACGGACAAACCGGGCGAAGAGGACAUAAUGAAGAAAUUCGGUCUGGAAGAGGAAUACAAAUCCGGCGAACUAUCGUGCUGGCAAAGGGUGCGACCCAAAAUAUGGGCGUUAUUCGACGAGCCUUAUUCAUCAACUGCAACAAAGUCAGCACUGAGCGGUCUUCGACACAAUGUGAUCGCAGUUGUUUCUGUGUUUUUCAUUGUCAUAUCGAUAUUAUCGUUUUGUUUGAAAACUCACCCGGAAAUGAGGGUGCCUGUCCUUGCCAACGUCACCACGGCAACGGAGGAUGGCAACUGGACGUGGACUUUGGAAAAGAAAGGCACGGAGCCGCACGAGGCGUUUUUCUAUAUAGAAUGUGCGUGCAAUGCUUGGUUUACGUUUGAGAUCAUAAUACGCUUUAUUGUGGCUCCUAACAAAUGCGACUUCAUCCGGGCACCUGUGAACAUUAUCGACAUUGUGGCUACCUUGUCAUUUUAUCUGGAUUUUUUGUUGACUAAACUUCAACUGGAGAACAACGAUAUUUUAGAGUUCUUCAGUAUCAUUCGGAUUCUAAGACUCUUCAAGCUGACGCGACACUCAGCCGGCCUCAAAAUCCUAAUCCAUACUUUCAAGGCCAGCGCCAAGGAACUCAUUUUGCUGAUCUUUUUCCUCGUCUUGGGUAUAGUCAUAUUUGCCGCCCUUAUUUUCUACGCCGAGAGGAUACAGUAUAAUCCAGAGAACGACUUCACAAGCAUCCCAGUGGGGCUCUGGUGGGCCAUCGUCACCAUGACAACAGUGGGGUACGGCGACAUGGCCCCUAAGACAUACGUGGGCAUGUUCGUGGGCGCCCUCUGCGCCUUAGCGGGCGUGCUUACUAUUGCCUUACCCGUACCAGUUAUUGUUAGUAACUUUGCGUUGUUCUAUUCCCAUACUCAGGCCCGGUCAAAGUUACCCAAAAAGAGACGGCGUGUUUUACCCGUGGAGGCACCACGCCCUAAGGGGCUCAAGGGGCCUGGAGCGCCCGUCGGUGGGCCGGCAAGACGAAUGAAUGCUAUUAAGCACAACCACCCAGGUCCGUUAGACGCCAAGCUAAGUAGAAUAGCCCAGGGAGGUGCCAUCCAAGAAAUGAUCCCGUUUCGUAGAAACUACGGGCUGUACUUCCAUUUAGCUUCCCUUGGUCUGACCAAUCAAGCGCAGCAACAGUACACCUUGGGCGAGGAAAGUGGCAACGGUGAGGAAACCAUCCCCAUGUUGCAGCUAAGCCACACAGGCUCCGAAGAUUCUAUCCCCAAGCCUAAAGCACAAACGUCCUCACUAGACAAGUCUCAGCCUCGACUUGUGGAAAUUAGUUCACACCCCGGAACUCCUUUAAAAGUUACCGAGAUUAAACCUACUGAUGCCCAGUCUGCCACCACUGCUCUGUCAAGUCUAAUCAUGACCCCCCACGCGCCACUCUCGGUGAACUCAACGGCCAAUACUACAACAACAACGACCACCACCGCUACGCCUCCUCAGCAGACUCAAAGUGGGUUAGGUCCUGUCAAUGGCAUGGACGGCAAAGUGUCGGAAAAAUCCGUGUCAGGGGCGAAGGGUGCCGCCACGGAAACGACCACAUCCGGUCAGCGCCCCCUGUCGUCUUCUCACCACAACUCCCCUUCAUCGGCAACGUCCUCGAAAGCCUUGGUUACCGUGAACACGUAAUGAGAGAUUAGACUAGUCGCAAUACAGAGCUAGAUAGACGAGGCUGUGCUUAAAUCUGGGUCAAGGACACCGCCUUAAGAAAAGGUUGUCUGUCUCGGAGACAGUCUGUGAAGAAAAGAGGCCAAUACGGAAGAGCCUUUCCGGACAGAUACGGAGCCGUUGCUAUGGUGAUAGGUUUGGCAUACUUCCUUCCCGUCUUGUCUUAGAGAGGAAGUUGCCAUGUUGACGCAGGUGCAGACAAGUUAUUGCCGUGCACUUCCGAGAAGUUGCACUGUCCGAGGAUUGUGCUCAGUGGUGUCACGUGACUAUAACGUGGCGUAUUGUCACGUGCGAGUGCUGCAUAUACCGGAAGUGCGUGUCUGACAUGCGCACCUUGCACUCAAGUUUAUCGGAUGUUUAUGAUUUCACACAAAAAAGGGCGUAUUUAUUUAGGUCAUAAUCCUUCUUAAAGAAAGGUUGUAAUUAUUAGCAAACUACGUGAGUUUUUUCAUGUGAGUAUACCUUGUGGAUUCAGGCCGGUUCUCAUCCUGUCAUCUUUUGUUCAUCGUACUCAUAUCAGCUCAGGAUUACGUCUACAUUUUAAUGCCUUGGUCUAUGUUUACAAAGGGCACGUGAAAGAGGUCUUGUGAAAUCACGUGACGUUCAAGGAACGAAGGAAAAAUAGACUCCUGCCAGGUGAUUGUAACAUGUCUGGAAAAUAGUAAUAACAGUGAGUGAAUCAACAAACAAACAAAGCUGUUGAAGGAGAGAAAGCUGAGAAGAAUUGUGUAAAGGACAACGUUUUUCAUUUCCAAAUAUGUAGACCUACUAUAUUCAAGUCUUUCAAGGAGUCGCUUCAUAGACAAAUGAAAAUGGUUCUUUUUUAUUUGCUUUUCAUUGCACGUCAAAUGCCUUAUAUCUUGAAUUCCCGUAAAGUAGAAGUGUAAAAUAAGAUUUCAUUACAUUGUACAGGACAAGGUCCCACGGAUAUUCGUCCAUAUCGACAGUGAUAAUGGUCUCGUGAGAUCUCGCGAUAUUCGUGACUGAACCUUUUUUUUCUUGUUUCAUUUGUGUCCCGUCUGUAUCUUCCAUUUCAUGAUCUGUUGAAGACAAUGUCACAAGCCAGAGUUUGGUCACGUAACUACAUGUUUCCUAUCCUCAUUCACUUUAAACGGGAGGACUUUUUACUACCAUGUAGCUUUAGUGAUCCAGUUGUACCCAGUUUUUACCGUUCCAUGUUCAGAAUGAAGAAAGAAGUCAUUAUUUUCCAUUCCCUGGUAGAAACUGACAAUUCAGAGUGACCAUCCUCUCUUCCAACUGACGAUCGUGACGCGAGCAGUCUUUUCUACAUUCUGUGUAAAAAUUAUGUUUUGACAACCAGCUGGCAACAUAUUUACUAUAGUUGAUUAAUAGGGAGGAAAAAAGGGCAAAAUUUAUUGAUGAUAUAUGUAUGUAUAUGAUAAGUCUUUCUCCUUUCCAAUGACAUCACGCGUGAUCACUCUUCCUCGCGGUGGUAGGUCACGUGGUGUGCUAAUCUGCCACUGGCACGUGCUAAGCUUUCCUGAGUUUGUGGGGCGUUAAAGGUUAUUUAUCGGGUUAUGAAAUUCAUGAAUGGGACUUGUAUGGAUCUCCCUUGUUCAAAAUUUUUUUCUUACAGUAAUUGCGUUAAUUACUGUCGCCUUUUUAAAUAUUACCUGAAGAAAUGUAUUGUAAACAACAACGACAGCACUCUCAUGUCCAUGUUGAUUCUUAUGCACUCGAAGCCUGCAAUGUACUCAUAGCUGAGCCAGUGUGUUUCUCAGCAUUGGCAUCGUAUAGACACAGUGUGACGCCGUGCUCGUACGGCUACACGUAUCGCUACACCUACCAGAAAGUAGUGUUACUGAAGUUAAAAAGAAGCUUCUUUUAGGCUCCGAGUACUUCGUGUUAGAAUGACAUAAAAAUCGUGACGGGUGUUCUGCAAAAAUUAACGUGAUAUGUCACAGUACACUACGGCAUGGUUUUUAGCCCCACACGUGAGGCGAGAUCUUGAUACACGUGAGAUUUUUUUAGGACACAGGUACGAUAUUUCAUGAUUAAUUUCAUGCCAUCAUGAUGUCAGUACUCAUAAAGUGUUCCACGGUACAGGUAUGAUGUUUCACGGUAUAGGUACUACUUUUCACAUUACACCUACCGUGUUUUGCGGUGUAGGUACUAUGUUUCACAGUACAGGUACGGUUUUUCGCGGUACAGGCACGGUGUGUCACAGUACAGACACGGUGUUUCACCUUACAGCUACGAUGCUUCAUUGUACAGUUACUGUGUUUCAUGGUACUGGGCCCAGUUUCACAAAGAUGUCGCACAUGUACGAUAAUCGCACAUAUAGGAGAAUGGUACGGUAAUGGUGACGUACAAAAUAUCGUACGACAAAUGUACGAUAAAAAAUGUCGUACGCCACUUUGUGAAACCUGGCCCAGGCACAGUUAACGUUUCACUGUGUGCGUGUAGAAUUUCUUCCUGCACGUUUGCCGUUCCCGUCAGUACCAGCUCUGUGAUGUGACUCCCGCCUUCGCACAACGCACAGUUUACAAAUUUCAAAGAACAAUCUUACUUUCGCGAAGGGAACCACUGAAAUGUGUUGUUUCGUGUAUGCGUCGAAAUAUGGACAUUCGCCGAUACUGCAGAUGUGAAUGAAACUUUAACUUGGUCUAGCUGAUAUCAUCAGAUAGAACAAGAUCCUUCGUGGCUAAUGGUCGAUUAGGAAAGUGUCAAAGUCGACAGAAAGUCUUUCCAGGGAUUAACUAAAGAUGUCAGUCCCAAACGUCAGUUUCCUUCCGUGUCCCAACAUGACGAUUAAGCGAUUCUGUUACACUGGACAAAUUGGAUUAAAUGAACUUGUCAUUGAAUCCACGGCCUCUUCCCGUCGAACGUAACGUAGUGAUAAGAACAUGAACGGUUUUCAGCGUCGGUUUGAUUGUAUAUUCUCUUUUGCUAUAUUACACUCUUGACGCGUUCGUCCCCAUGGCGACGCUGGCGCGUGCUGACCACAUAGCGAUACGUGACGUCACAUAUCGCGAUGUUACGUCAGAUGCCGCAAAAUGACGUCACGAGCCGCAGUGUGACACAUCCUCGCACCAAUGUUUACACCUUUUGCUCAUUCUUCACCAUGUUUCAAAAUGUUGAUUUUGUGUUGGAAUAAAUAGUGAAAAGAAAAAACAAUUGUUGCUUAAUAGUUCUUUGCCUUUUUCAAUUUUGAUGUGAA